UUUUUUUUUUUAACCGAAAAGAAGAAGAGAAACCAAAGAAAAAUAUAGGAUAUUACAAAAAAGAAUUGCAGCAAGAAAAAAACAUAAAAACUUAAAGUUUUCAGUAAAUUUAAAUAAAGAAAAUUUAGCAAUAAGAUUUAUUAUAUAAAAAAAAGUAUUGAAAAGCGUUAAAAACAAUUGUCAAUAACAAUUUAGUGCACCUGCAGAAAAACAUUGGAAACAAAUUACACACAAACAUAAUCUAGAGAAAAAUUCCCAUCUACUCUACUUGUGCGACGACAAACGAAAAUGGCCAAGAAAACGUAUGAUCUUCUGUUCAAACUGUUGCUAAUCGGCGAUUCAGGCGUUGGAAAAACAUGUAUACUUUUCCGUUUCUCGGACGAUGCUUUCACAUCCACCUUUAUAUCCACCAUUGGUAUCGAUUUCAAAAUCAAAACCGUUGAACUCAGGGGUAAAAAAAUCAAGCUACAAAUCUGGGAUACUGCGGGUCAAGAACGUUUCCAUACCAUAACCACAUCAUAUUAUCGUGGAGCGAUGGGGAUAAUGCUGGUUUACGAUAUAACGAAUGAGAAAAGUUUUGAAAAUAUCGUUAAAUGGUUAAGGAAUAUAGAUGAGCAUGCCAAUGAGGAUGUGGAGAAAAUGAUAUUGGGCAAUAAAUGCGAUAUGUCAGACAAGCGCAUUGUCAGUAAAGAAAGAGGUGAAGCGAUUGCCCGUGAGCAUGGUAUACGUUUUAUGGAAACCUCAGCUAAAUCCAACAUUAACAUCGAACGUGCUUUCUGCGAACUUGCCGAGGCUAUAUUAGACAAGACAGCUGGCCGAGAGUCUGCCGAAAAUCCAGAGCGUGUUGUGGUCGAUCGUCGAAAUAAUGAGAAACCUCCUGCCUACAAGAAUUGCUGUUCUUAAAACAUUAAUGAACUAAUAGCAAACAAACAAAAACCAAACAAAACCGAUAAACCAACCAACCAACAAAACAACAAGAACAAUUUUUUACCACAAAAACUUAAGAAAGAACAUUUUUUGAACGAUAUAUAUUAUUAAAACUUUUUGCUGAAUUCCAAAAUACAACACAUCAUCAUUAACAUCAACAGCAACCACAAACAUUCUAAUCAAAACCAGCAAAUGUUGUCAAGCUACCACCACCACCAACAACAACAAACAAAAACUUUAAAAGAAAAGUAAAAAACCUUUGAAACUAAAAAAAAAUUUAAAUAAUAAUACACUGCUACAACCACAUUAGCACAUUAAUAAUAAAUAAAAAAACAUACAUACUACAUAUAUACAUAAAUACAUAUAUAAAUAACAUUUAUACGUCAUUUAUAUACUAAAUAUGUGUGUAUACAUACUUAACGUUAAUCCCCCCCUCAACGUACAUAAAUUAAUUAAUUAAAUUAAAUUAAGAUACAUGCAUAAUUUAUAUAACAACAAGUUUUAUUAUAUUAUUAUUUUUUUAGUUAAAUACAAACAGAAAAAACAUACAUAUUUUGCUUUUUAUAUAAGACGACGAUCUAAGAGAAUGAAUAUGAACAGAAAAAGCAUUAAUAAUACUAUACUACACAUGCAUAUAUAAAGUUUUUGUUAAUUUAAUAUAAAUGAAAAGAAAAAUGGAUAAACAAACAAAAAAAAUCAAAUUAUGAGACGUCAAAUUGUGUGCGCAAAUAAAAAAAAAUAUAACUGGGAAAAAAACAAAA